AUGGCAACCCCAAAUACAGCACACAACCUGAAACAGUUAGCAAUUGGCGUUCCAAUUCAGUCAGUCAUCAAAAUUAAGCCUAAUGCAGGCUAUUUUCGAGAAGACUUAAAAGUAACAGGAACUAAGAUCGGUGUUCUAGAUGCAAAUAAUCGGGUUCGUGAAGAAUUCGAAUGCGGGGAUAUUUAUGAUGGCGGAGCUCCUCUCUACAAAAUCUUCGAAAAUUCUUGCCAAGCUUAUUUAGGCGCAAUUCUUGAAGGAGUCAAUGUAGGAAUUGUAAGCUUUGGGACAACAGGAUCAGGCAAAACCUUCAAUCUCGAAGGCGAAGGCUCAGAUUCCGGCUUGAUCCACUACUUUGUUCAGUCUCUAUUCGAAUCUCUAGACGAAAAAAAGUACAAACUCAACCAAGGGCGGCCUUCUUCAGGGAGCUCACAAGCUUAUUCUUACUCAGUCAGAAUUCGUUACUUGGAAAUCGUCGAUGAGGAAAUCUCUGACUUAUUGAUCCAGUCAAAUUCAAGAAUCCUGGGAACUCUGCAUAUUGUGCAGAGCGAAUGAGAAGGUCCAGCAGUAAAAAAUGCAAGCUGACUCCAAUGCAAUAGUUCUCACGAGCUUAUUGAUAUGUUUACAUUGGCCAGAAGAAAUAGAACCCAGGCGACAAAUGAAUUCGGGCCUCUAACUCCCCCUCCGUGAGCAAAAAAAACCAUUGGAAAAUUCCCUAUUUUUUGCCCCUUCGUGAGCAAACACAAGUUUUUUUUAAUAGAAAAAUUUUUUAUGAAAAAAUAAAAUUGAUAAAUAAAUGAUAAUUAUUAUAAUGAAAACUCUAGUUAAUUCUAUUUCAUUUAAAUAGCUUAUAUUUUAAAACAUAAAUUUUUUAAAUUAAAUUUAUUUUUGUUUCUCAAUAUUGGAAUUUUUUUCAAUUUUGGAAAUAAAAUGUUUUAUAAAAUUUAUAUAUAUAAGUUAUUUUUAAAAAAAAAUUAACCCCCCCUCCAAAAGCGAACAAAAUUUUUUGUUCCUUCACAGAGGGAAAGUGAGUAAGUGAUAAAGCAACCACUUUUUUCACGGUUGAGAUUUUGCAGAUUGCGGUGGACCAGGUCACAAAGGAGACAAAUGUAUUGGUUUCUCGGCUGAACUUUGUAGACCUGCCUGGGAUGGAAAAACUGAAUGAAGACGCUGAGACCUUAAGAAUUCGUGAAGGAAAUACAUUGAACAAAGCAGUUCUAGCUAUAGGAGAGCUAAUUCGAAAUGUCAGUCAAGAUAAAGAAGACUAUAUCAGAUAUGACGGGUCUAACGUGGCCCAUCUGCUUAAAGACAUCUUUGCAGGCAAUUGCUUGUCAAUGUGCUUGACUUGCUUGCAAUAUGGAGACAAUAUUGGGUCUUUGCUCGUGCUUAAUUAUAUGAAAAUGCUGAAGGCCACUAUAAAUUUCCCAGUAGUCAAUGACAGCCGACAAAUAGGACUACUAAGGAAAUACAGAAUUGAGAUUAUGAACCUGAUGAACCAAAUUAGCCUCCUCAGCGUCUCAGCUUUAGGCUCAGGGCAAAUUACAGACUUAGAAAAGCAGCUUAUUGAUGGGAACUUGCACAAGCUGAGAAUUGCUGACGAAAAAUCACAGCUGAUUCUGAGGAUGAGAGAUCUAAAAGCCGCGUAUAACAAAUUAAUCAAAGAAAAAGCAGAUCUGCAAGAAGAAUUGAUCAAAUCAGAAGAGGCAAGGCUAGAUAUCGGAAAAGCCCUUAUUGAGCUGCAGAUGGAAAACGCAAAGCUGCAACAUGAAAUGGGGAAAGGAGAUCUUGAUGUGAACUCCAAGGUGCUUUAUGCAGAGAAUGAAGUCCUUGCUGCCAAUAUGAAGCAAGAAAAAGCGUUGCAGGCUAUUAACGAAAUGCAAGAAAAGCUAAAAAAAGUGCUGGAAGAAAAAAGAGACCUGGAGAUAGAGUUUGUAGCCCUUAAAACAAAUUAUUUGAAUUUAUCGAAUGAAUUUAAUGAAGAAAAGGUCAGAAACGAAAAUCUGAGUUUAGAAAUAAUCAACUUAGCAAAUGAAAAUAAGGCCUUAAGAGCCGAUUCUGAUGCCUAUGCAAAAAUCAAAGGAAAUAUCUCAUUAGAGCAAAAUAAACUACUUUCAGAACUGGAAAAACUUGGAAAAUUAAACAGAGAGCUCGAAGAUUCUCUGCUGGAUGCCAAAGCUGAAGUUGAGAGACUCAAGUCCGAGUUGAUCAAGUACGAUUUAAAUGCUGAAAUGCAGCAAGUUGACUUCGAUAACCGCAAAGUUGAGCUGGAAAGAGGCUAUAUUGAUGCUGACCGAAAGAGAGACAAGCAAAUGAACAAGAAAAUAAAUGAAACUGAGAAUAAAGUAGGCCAAUUGGUCCAACAAAACGAUAUGAACUUUUCAGAUAUCGUUUCUGUCACCAGACAACUAAAAAUAGCUCAACGAAAGGUGGCAGAGCUAGAAGAGCUCUUAAGUGACUACCAAAACCAUGACAAUUUGAUGACCAGCGAGAAUCAAAGGCUUCAUCUGCAAAUUGAUGACAUGAGAGCCAAUUUCAGAGCAAAACUCAUUAAGACUAUGAAAGAAGGGGUUGAUCCUUUGGACAACAGGGUGACCAAUGCAAGAGAAGAAAUGAUAAGGUCUUAUAACGAGCAAGAAGCAGAACUGAGAGAAAAACUUAAUAAAGAAUUGGCCGAAAGUGACCACAAAAACAAAAUAAUCAGAGGACUCAAAGCGUAUGCGAGGAACUUGAAGAGCUUGGCUGAGGACUGGGCUCCUCUAGGCCAACCAAUACCGCAAGUCUUGGUGGCUCCACCUCCAAUUCUGUUGGAAGAUGAAGACAGGCCUAUUGCUCAAAGAGCACUAAAUCAGGAACUAGAAAAGCUGACUCCCCCCCUUUAAAUUGGAAACAAAAUAUAGGUAAAAUUUCCACUUUUUUUGGUAAAUUAACCCCCUUUAAAUUAGAACUAAAUUUAAUUUUAUAAUAAAAAAUUAUAUAUAAUUUUUAUCUAAAAAGUUUUGAUAUAAGUUAAAUGUUUCUUCUUAACUAAAAUUCAAAAUUUAGUUAUAUCUUGCUCUUUUUUAAAGAAGAGAGUAUAAAGAGCAUCUUAUUUAAAUAAAUUUAUUAUCCUUAAUUGCUAAAUUUUAAAAAAAAAAUUAAAUUUAUUAUUUUUAAAAAUUUUUUAUUUUUUUGAUAAAAAUGAUAUUUUUAUUUAAAUAGUUUUGAUAUAAAUUCAAUAGGAAUUCUUUAUAAAAUUUUUCAUAUUUACUUAUUUUUUACUUUAUUUUAAAGAAUAUAGAGUAUAAAUCACAUCUUAUUUAAACAAAAUUAGCACUUUGAUCGAUAAAUUUUCUAAAAUUUUGUUUUUUAAUUGUUUUUAUCAAUAAAAAUAAUAAUUUUUGUGUAAAUAAUUUUGAUACCAAUUAAUAGUGGCGUAUUAACUAAUAAUGAAAAUUUAGUUAUAUCUUGCUUUGUUUUAAAGGUUAAAGAGUAAAUAGCAUUUUAUUAAGCAAAUUUAUUGAUCUAAUUCGAUAAGUUUUUGAAUUUUUUUUUUUUUUAAAUUUUUAUAAAAAAAUUUUAUAUUGAUAUUUUUUUUUAAAAAAAAAAAUUAACCCCCUUUAAAUUGGAACAAAAUUUUUGUUCCAAUUUAAAGGGUGGGGAGUGAGAAUUAGGAAUGCAAGCCUUGACCAAGAAGUAAAAGUACUGCAAAAUAAGCUCCUGGGCAGUAAUGAGCAGUUUUCGAGGCUUGCAAAUGGAAACCGAGGCACUGGAAUUCAAGAAAGGCUGCUGAAUGAAAUCGAGUACUUGAAAGGAGCUCCUGUGAGUCAGUCUAGGCCUGGGAGUGGAAAUUAUGACAUAGAUGUCCUUCGGAAAGAAAGAAAUCAGCUGAGAGAAGAAAAUAGAAGACUCAAUCAAGAGUUAAGGGAAAGCCGAGCUAGAGGCAGCAAUCAAGGAGUCCCUUCAAACGACCAGUCUUUGUAUGGAGAAAUAGAAAGACUGAGGAAAAAACUGAUGGAGUAUGAGCAGGGAUCGUCAAGCCCAGCGAAUGGCUCGCAGCCCAAAAAUCUUCAGAUGAAAGUUUCCUAUCUUGAAGACGUGCUCAGAAAGCUGGAAAAGGAAAGAAGCGAAUUGAGUAUCAGAGCUACUAUGGCUGAAGAGCAGCUAAAGAAUUUGAAUGAGCAUAUGAACUCUUCAAUACAGAACUACCAGAGAAAGAUCGGAGAACUCAAAAAUAUCAUCCAGCAAAUGAAGGGUGGGAGAGCCAAUGACUCGAGAAUGGGGGAGCUUAAUUUUUAA